GUUGAACGCCAACUGGUUGAAGGAACUAGUCACCAAUGGGCCGACCAAUUGGCCGGGUGCCAGAUACAUCAUCCGCGACGACGGGAGUCGCAUAGACCUCCGGUACGUUGGGAAACGAGAAGACAUAGAUCUGCAGUUUGGCUGGCGUGUAGAGCGCCACAUGCUAGAUGGAGAUUAUGUGAUCUUCAAUCGUCAGCCAUCUCUGCACAAGAUGAGCAUGAUGGGUCACAGGGCCAAGGUAAUGCCUUUUUCUACAUUGCGAUUCAAUCUUGCAGUCACGUCGCCGUACAACGCGGACUUCGACGGAGACGAAAUGAACUUGCACCUAGCCCAGUCGCAAGAGACGCGUGCGGAGAUCAAGCACAUGAUGCUGAACCCGCGGCAGGUCGUGUCUCCGCAGGGAAACAAGCCCGUUAUGGGCGUUGUGCAGGACAGCCUUCUCGCCACCGCGAAGUACACCAAGCGAGAUACAUACAUGGAGAAGGAUCUCUGCAUGAACAUCCUCAUGUGGCUGCCUGUUUGGGACGGUCAGCUUCCGAUCCCUGCGAUCAUCAAGCCGAAAAUGCUUUGGACGGGCAAGCAGAUCCUCUCCAUGCUCUUGCCCAAGACUCUGUCCAUGAAGCGUGAUGCAGCGAUCGCCUCCAAGAACAAGAAGGAUGAGCCAGACUUCGCAGCGAGCGAUUGCAAGGUGCUCAUCGUCAAUGGCGAGCUGUUGAGCGGCAUCGUGUGUAAGAAGACAAUUGGCUCUUCUGGGGGAUCUUUGCUCCAUUUGGUCUGGCUGGACAGUGGGCCGGAGUGGUGUCGGAACGUUCUUUCCUACAUCCAGAAGAUGGUGAACCAGUGGUUGACACACAAUGGGUUCUCCUGUGGCGUGGCAGACAUCAUUGCCAACGACCAAACGCUGCUGAGUGUGGAGAAGACGCUGAAGCAGGCAAAGAAAGAGGUUCGAGCACUCCUGGCUGAUGCUCAGCGCGGAAAGCUGGAGACGCAGCCUGGAAAAACCAUGUACCAGUCUUUCGAAGCCAAGGCGAACCAACGUCUGAACUCCGCCCGCGAGGACGCCGGAAACAUUGGUGCCAGUUCGCUGGAUGAGCGCAACAACAUCAUUUCCAUGGUGAAUGCUGGCUCUAAGGGGUCGCCAUUGAACAUUGCCCAGAUUGUGGCCUGCGUGGGUCAGCAAAACGUGGAAGGUGCCCGCAUCAGGUACGGCUUCAAUGAGCGGACCCUGCCGCACUUCACGAAGGACGAUUAUGGAGCGGAGGCGCGGGGCUUCGUGGAGAACUCCUACCUGGCAGGCCUUACACCACAGGAAGUCUGGAUGCAUGCCAUGGGAGGCCGCGAGGGGGUCAUCGACACGGCCUGCAAGACCUCCGAGACAGGGUACAUCCAGCGGCGUCUUGUGAAGUCUAUGGAGACACUGAAGGUGGCCUAUGAUGGCACAGCUCGGAAUGCCUGCAAUGACAUUAUCCAAUUCCUUUAUGGAGAGGAUGGCAUGGACGGCCUGUGGAUCGAGGAUCAAACUCUGGAGAUAAUGACUUACGACAACCGGAAGCUUGAGAACACCUUCCAGCACAAGUACACCGAUGCAGACUACGGGCUCGGUUGGCUGCCGACACGCGUGCUGGAGCAGAUCAAGGUCAGCAGUGAUGACCAGCAACUCCUUGAUGAAGAGUGGGAAAGGCUGAAGACCAUCAAGCAGCAGAUCUGCAGUGAGGUAUACCCGGAUGGCGAGACAAAGCAGCACAUCCCGAUCAACAUCGCCAGGCUGCUGGACCGGGCUCGCAACCGUGUCGCAGAUGAGGAUGGCACUGAAGCGCAAGAGAGGUAUUCGCCCAUGGAGAUCGUCCAGAAGGUUGAAAGCUUGCUGAGGCAGCUGGAGGUGACCAGGGCCAUCGCAGAAGGCGACACCAUCGGACGGGAAGUGGAAGACAACGCGAAGAUCGUCCUCAACGCCCACCUCCGCUGCGCGUUGGCGUCACGGAAAAUCCUUGAGAAGGAGAAGCUCUCGAAGCAGUCUUUCGACUGGCUGAUCGGCGAGGUCAAGCAGAAGUUCAUGAAGUCCCUGGUCCAUCCAGGUGAGGUGAUUGGAACGUUGGCAGCGCAAAGUGUUGGUGAGCCGGCGACGCAAAUGACGCUGAAUACCUUCCACUUCGCCGGAGUGGGUGCCAAGAACGUCACGCUGGGGGUGCCCCGCUUGAAGGAGCUGAUCAACGUGGCGAAGGUAGUGAAGACGCCUUCCUUGGCUGUAUAUCUGAGCGGGGACCUGGGUCAAAACCAGGAACGCGCCAAGGAUGUUCAGAGUAUGCUUGAGCACACGACCCUCGAAAAGGUGACCUCCUUCACUCAGAUCUUCUGGGAUCCCGAUCCGGAGCAUACGCUUGUCGAGGAGGAUCAAGAGUGGGUCUCCUUGUACUACGAGCUUCCAGACGAGGACGAGAACCCGCAGCGCUGUGGACCUUGGCUGUUGCGCAUCCAGUUGAGCAACAAGGUCAUGACUGACAAAAAGCUUACAGUGCGCGAGGUGGGAGAGCGCAUCCUGAGCGAUUUCCAGAAUGACCUCGACUGCAUCUUCACAGACGACAAUGCCGAAGAGCUCGUCCUCCGGAUUCGACUUCUCAAGGAGCCUGAUCAGAUUGGCGUCGCACCCGGACCUUUUGACCCCCGGGAUGACACCGAGGACAAGAAUUUCAAGUUCCUGAGGACGAUCGAGGCCAACAUUCUCAAGGAGAUGACCUUGAAGGGCAUCCAGGGCAUCAAGAAGGUGUUCAUGCGUGAAGACAAGGUGACCAAGUACGACGAGAGGACGGGCAAGUUCGAGAGGUCACAGGAGUGGGUGCUGGACACAGACGGCGUCAACAUGGAAGAGGUCAUGCUUCUUGAAGAGGUGGACUACAAGCGCUUGCAAAGCAACGACAUCGUUGAGAUCCUGAACGUGCUAGGCAUCGAGGCGACCCGGAAGGCUCUUCUCUUCCAUGUCCGCAUGGUGAUCUCCUUCGAUGGCUCUUACGUCAACUACCGGCAUCUUGGCACAAUGUGCGAUGUCAUGACGAAUCGAGGGCAUCUAAUGGCCAUCACUCGCCACGGCGUGAAUCGCACCAACAUGGGCCCACUGAUGAAAUGUAGCUUCGAAGAGACAGUGGAGAUUCUGAUGGAUGCAGCAGUGUACCAUGAGACGGACCACAUGCGAUCGGUGUCCGAGAACAUCAUCUUUGGCCAGCUGGUUCCAAUUGGUACCGGGAGCUUCGACGUCCACAUGGAUGACAUGAAGACUGUGGACCCAGAGACGAGCCUUCAGCCUCUCUGUUCUCUGGAUCAUGCUACCGUGGUGCUGCCGAGCAAGUCCAAGAGUGGUGAGUACUAUUCCGUGAACACCCCGGAGCCUCACAUGGAGGAUGAUGACCUCGAAGAGAACGUCGAAACGCCGCAUGAGGACGAGGCAAUGAUCAACAACCUCUUCCCUACAACCGGAGGCACAUACGCCCAAAUGGCGACACCGGAGGUUUCGCCGGACUCACCCGGGGAUUUGGGAGAAGGCGCCUUCCGAUCACCCUUCAGCGUGGCACCAGCCGGUGGGCCGUCGCCCUUCUCUGUGCGGGCUACGCCUCGGGCAACACCCUAUGGCGGGAUGUACACGCCUGCUCGGAGCGACUUCUCCAUGGCCAGCCCGUUCUCAGCCUUCGCAUACUCUCCGGCCAGCGCAGAGUACUCCCCAGCCGAGAAGAGUGAUGACAAGAAGAAGGAAGAGUUUGCGAUUCCCAGCCCGACCUAUUCUCCCAGUCCGUCGGUCAUCUACUCGGCCGUCAGCAAGAGCCCGAAGAGCCGGCUCACGCCACACACCAGCCCGGGGUACUCGCUGAGCAGCAAGUACGGGGGACCGCGAUCGGCGAUGUACACGCCACGAUCGGCGAUGUACACGCCUACCUCGCCAAUGAGUGCGACGACGAAGGGGCAGCUGGAGGGUGCCGGCAGCGCACGCUACACGCCGCUGAGCAGCCCGUAUGUCACUCCUACAUCGGCAAUAUACUCACCGACCUCGCCUAUGCCUGCAAAGACGGUCGCAGCGACAGCCACACCAGGAUACUCGCCGACCAUGACGAUGAUGCACUCAGUGGCCUCGGAUGCAGGACAGGCGUCGCCUGAGAUUGAUCAGGCUUCCGGCGAUGCUCCUCAAGGCGCCUACGCCUCGCUGGUGGCGUCACCGAGUUACACGCCGCCGAAUCAGGUGGGAGUUGCCCCGCCAGCGGCGAAGAAUGUCGUUUACUCGCAGUCGGCUGGUGUCACGGAAGUCGCCGAGGAUAACAAGAAGCUUGUCAUGUGUCUUUCAGGGCUUGCCUCGUGCAGCUCUAAAUGGUGUUGUAUAAUAACCCCGAGCCUCAGUGUUCAGUCUUGGCACGUCCCUGCCUGUUUUCGUUUAGUGAUUUUCUGUGGAAAACCGAAGACAAAAACAAGCAAACGAUAA